UCACCAUAAGGCGAGGACAUGUAAAGCUUCUGUGCUGGGGUGAUGGGAUACUUUCUCUACAGUACUGCACUUUAACUUUUUGAUUUAAGAUGAAAAUUAACACAUUUUCAGAUAAACCUUUGCCAGUGAGGAAACUCAUGAAUUACAGACACAGUAGAAGGAUUUCUCAGAGUGUCAGUGCUGAUCUGAGGAUGGGAAACAUUUUAAUUUGCGUGCUGGGGUUUUUCUUGCUGACUAUCCUUCUCUACUGUGGACAUGCUCAAGAUUCUCUGCUGAUCAUUGAGCCAAACUGGUCCACUUUAUUUACUGGAGAGUCUGUGACCUUCAUAUGUGACAUGAGGGAAGGAAAAGACACUGACUGGUAUUACAGAAUGAACAAGGAUGGUCGAGAAUGUCUCCACAACAACACAAAUAAGAACUACACAUUACAACCACUAGAUACAGACCACAGUGGUGAAUACCAGUGCUUUGGUCAUCACAAGGUCUCAACAUAUUUGAUAAAGGAAAGUAACAAAGUCUAUCUAACUGUAUCAGCACAGAGACCAAAGGCUGAACAGGGAGCUGACAGGAGAGACUUUCCAGCAGGGGGCAAUGUGACCCUGAGCUGCUCUGUGAACCUGUCAUCUGGUUGGAAAUACUUCUGGUACAGAGGAGAGAAAACCUCUGAACCCCUGAACACACAAGAUGCUGUCUUCAUCUCAGAUGGACAAAUCAGUGUCUCACAGGGAGGACUCUACUGGUGCAGAGGAGGAAGAGGAGACCCAGUUUACUACACAGAGGACAGUGAUGCAGUCGUCACAAACAGGGCUGUUGUGACUCUGCAACCCAACUGGCCUGAAAUAUACUCAGGAGAGACGAUCACUCUGAGAUGUGAUAUUGAGAACGGAGGAGACACUGAGUGGGAGUAUGAAUGGAAAACAUCCAGCUCAGACAAACCUCAAAAAGCAAAUGAUUUUAUCAUCAGAUCUGCUUCAUCAUCACACAGUGGAGAGUACAGGUGUCUGGGCAGAAUGACAAGUGGGAAGUCUUCAACAGAGUGGAGUGAUGCUUUCACAUUGACACUAUCUGACAAUAGACCCCAGUCUGUCCUCACUGUGUCUCCAUCCUGGCUGAGUCCUGGAGCCUCAGUAACUCUGAGCUGCAGAGUUAAAGAUCCAUCUGCAGGAUGGAGGUUCUUCUGGUUUAAGGCUGUUCCCAAACUAUCAGACUACUACAACGACCAAGAGCUGCUACCUGGCAGCAGCAACGGGACUGAACAGGAUUCCUACAUCGUUUAUGGACAGACACACACAGCAGGAUAUAAGUGCAGAGCUGGAAGAGGAGAUCCAGUGUAUUACACUUAUUACAGUGAACCAAAGUUUGUCUGGUCUGGAGAUUUUCAUCCAGCAGCGUCUCUCACAGUGAGUCCUGACAGAGUGCAGCACUUCACCGAAGAGCCCGUGUCACUGAGCUGUGAAGGAAACUCUACUAAGUGGAGAGUGAGGAGGUUUUCUAAAUUUGGCAGCCUGACACACUGUUCUUCCUGGGGGACAAUGACUGGAUCCACAUGCAACACCAAUAGACCACAGUACACAGAUGGAGUGUUCUGGUGUGAGUCUGAAACAGGACAGUUCAGCAAUGCAGUCAACAUCACUAGACAGAGCAGUGAUUUGAUCCUGGUGAGCCCUGUCCGUCCUGUGGCUGAGGGAGAUUCGGUUACUCUUGGCUGCCAGAUGAACACAAAAAAUUUUCUUUCUAUUGUGUAUUUCUUUAAAAAUGGAAAACUUAUCCAAAAUGAUACCAGAAAGGAGCUGACUAUCCCUGCAGUGUCAAAGUCAGAUGAAGGCUUUUAUAAAUGUGAAGGAAAAUAUUCACCACAAGGUCAGCUGAGUCGAUCAUCACCAGAGAGCUGGAUGUCAGUAAAAUCGCCUGAAAGCUCUCCAUUUCCUGUGUUGUUGAUUGUUGGGCUGGUUUGUGGAGUUCUACUGAUUAUUCUCCUGCUGCUGUUUCUGCAUCGCUGCAGAAAGUCAAAAGAUUCAUGCUUUAUCAGCAGGUCUCAGAGCACCAAUCAGAGCUCUGCUACAGAUCACAUGAUCAACCAGGAUGAAACUCAACACAAAAAAUACUCUUCUCCUCUCCAUGAUGAUGCUCGUCUCUAUGAAUCAAUCAAAGGCCCUGAAGAAACUGAAAAUGAUGAAUCCAACGAGGUCACAUAUUCUUUGAUUGAGCUGAAAAACAUUGCUAAGAAGGGAAGCUCAAGUCCUGCAGCAGCGGAUGAAACAGUUUAUUCUGAAGUCAAACCAGGAACAGUUACUGGUAAAAAUGCAGCGAUAAUAUAAUGUGCAUAUUGGGAUUAGUCACUGUCUUUAUUUAUUUUAUGGAUGGUUAAAUGGGUUAUAAAUGGGUGUAAAAUUUAAAGCAUGGCUUUAA